CAUUAGAUGACAUUUAGUCUCCCAAAGAUGGGAAUACCUCAACAAAUUAUCAAUUAUUUUUUCCAGGUUAAUUUCCAAUGGUCAUGUCCUCAUCCGGUGGGACAGACUGUAUGUUUUACUGUGCAAUUCUACCAACGUAACGGACAGCCUUAUCCAAUCUGUGAUACUGACAAUUUUAGUGUUGAUGUUUGUGGAGGAACGAAAAAGCUAGCGAUAAUAACAGAACUGGGCUCCUCCACCGAUCCGGACGGCGCGAACGUAGCCCGGGUGAAGUUCACGGUGCGGCAUGCCGGCCAGUACCGCAUCUCGGUGAUGGUGGGCGAGCAGCACGUCGCAGGCAGCCCAUUUGCGACAGUGUUCGUCGCAGGGCCGGCCUACGCCCAGCGGACCGUCGUCCUCCGGCACUGCAGCACUGUCGUGUGUACGGCCAACGUGGCGCAUCUGCUCUACGUCGAGCCCAGGGACGAGUACAGCAACGUGUGCCGCUAUAAUGCGGGAGACGACCCUAUCGAGGUAAGCAUGUAAAUCAAAACGAGGAUAGGUCACGGACAUAACAUCAAAGAGAGAGGCAAAUGGCGGACACUUGUUUCCGGCUAUUGGGCUCAUCAGAGCGGUGCCUCCACCUGGUGAUCAAAUGUAGAAAACACCACAUACACGGAGUCAUCA